AGGCGCUGCAUUGACGUCACGAUGACACGGUGAAGUCAAAGACAGGAGCUGGGAACGGUUCUUCUGCUUCGCUUUUGACAAUCGAGUGAAUUUGUCGCUGCUCCGUUCCUUCCAGCAUGGCAAAGAGUGCAGAAGUGAAGCUGGCGAUCUUUGGUCGAGCUGGCGUGGGCAAGUCAGCUCUCGUCGUACGCUUCCUGACCAAACGGUUCAUCUGGGAGUAUGACCCCACGCUAGAGUCUACAUAUCGUCACCAAGCUACCAUUGAUGAUGAAGUGGUUUCCAUGGAGAUACUAGAUACAGCUGGUCAGGAGGACGCUAUUCAGAAAGAGGGACAUGUGCGAUGGGGUGAAGGCUUCGUGCUCGUUUACGACAUCACGGACAGAGGCAGCUUUGAGGAAGUGCUGCCACUUAAGAACUUGUUGGAUGAAGUUAAAAAACCCAAAAAUGUCACCCUGAUCCUCGUGGGGAACAAAGCAGACUUGGAUCACUCCAGGCAGGUCAGCACAGAGGAAGGUGAAAAGCUGGCCACAGAACUAGCAUGUGCUUUUUAUGAGUGCUCUGCUUGCACAGGAGAGGGCAACAUUAUGGAGGCUUUCUAUGAGCUCUGUCGCGAGGUACGGCGUCGAAAGAUGGUCCAGGGCAAGACUCGGAGGCGAAGCUCCACCACCCACGUCAAGCAGGCAAUUAAUAAGAUGCUUACCAAAAUCAGCAGCUAAAAAGAGCUGUACUAAGCCAGAGAAGCAGAGCACAUUUAAUUAAAAAUGGUCAAAGCAUUGCAAUUAAAAAAAAAAAAAAGACAAACCACAUCACUUUUUCGAGUAACACAGGGUCAGACUUUUUUCCUGUUUUGAAAUGUAUUUAGCCACACUGCUUCUCCAAAGGACUAGAUAAUUGUGGGG